AUGGUUGAUAGGGAACCCAAGCAGGCCGAGACCGACGAGUCCGCCAGCGCCGGCAUCGCCUUCAAAAAUCCAUUCGCAGACACCACCCCACACCACCCGGCCUCGAAUGACAACGACUCGUCCCGCUCCGACACAAAAAGCCCUACGAGUCCGUUGAAUGAUACUUCCGGGCCCUCCAGCUCGCGUCGGAUUACCCCUUCGCUUGGCGUCCAGCAGCUUCUCAGUAAUCUUCAGCCAAGAGAUCCAUUGGCCGACCAGACGCCUGCCCCCACCAGCGACACUGUUGCGUAUAAUUCCAGACCUUCCCUUCCGCAUCAGCUCCAGAAGCAACAACACCUCGACCACGUCCAGGCCAACACCGGCCACUACACGUCUCCUAGCGGCGACAACACCCAGACCUACGAUACCCGGUCGGCUGCCCCCCAUCACCACAGCAUCAAGCCCAUCGCAACCGCAGUCAUGGCGUUUGAAAAGGCCCGCAAGUUCUCCACGGGCACUUCGGUGCACCGUAAGCGCCAGAUGAGCACUCUGGUGGAGAAGGAGGGUCACUUUGGUCCUGCUCUAACUACGCUCUAUCUUGGUAUCUCUGCCGUGUUUGCUGAUGACCAUACGGCCGUUGUGGCCCUGGCCAUUCAUGACACAGUCUACCUGGUUGACUUCUCAGUCAAGCACAUUGAGCUCGAUGACGCCCUGAAAAUGGGCGAGGACCUCAUCGCAGAAUAUGUCAUCUCCGAAGUGCAAAAGUAUGAGCACGAGAACUUUUCCAAGUUCGUCGGUGCUGGUCUCCCCACGACACUCAAGUACAUGAGCCCAACUCUCUGUUCGCGGCUCUGGCUCGAGGUGGAUAUCGUGCCCAUCGUUAUGCGCCCAGAUGAUGAGCACAAGGAAGCGACCUUCUGGGAUGUCAAGCGAGUCGAUGAACAAGCCGAUUCCAUGGCCCGAAAGUGCAUCAUGCACUUUGGCCCUUCCCUCGUUCCUCUCCUCCAGGUCGGAUUCCGAGGCAUUGUCCAAACCGAUGCUGGAUUCCGCGCUCACCUUACCACCGUCCAGAACCACAAAGACACAUGCGGUCCGGCAACGUGGGAAACCACUCUGACAUUUGCCAAGAAGCUUCGUGCCAACAAGCUCAAGAUGGCCUUCUUCAGCUCAACACCCCAAGGCGGUGGUGUUGCACUUAUGCGGCACGCUCUCGUACGCUUCGCUCGUCUUUUGGGUGUCGACCUCACCUGGUACGUGCCAAAACCACGACCCGGUGUCUUCCGCAUCACCAAAAACAUCCACAACAUCCUGCAGGGUGUCAGCCAUCCCGAUCAGCGCGUAUCUGCUGAAGAGAAGCAGGCCAUCAUUGAUUGGAUUAACGAGAAUGCCAGUCGAUACUGGUUCUCCGAGGGCGGCCCUUUGCGUGCACCCGAGGAAGGCGGUGCUGAUAUUGUCGUGAUUGAUGACCCUCAAAUGCCCGGCUUGAUCCCCCUGAUCAAGAAGUAUACCCCUAACCGCCCCGUUCUCUACCGCUCGCACAUCCAGAUUCGCAGCGACCUCGUCGCCAAGGCCGGUUCGCCUCAAGCCGACAUCUGGGAUUUCCUGUGGGGCAACAUCCAGGGCGCCGACAUGUUUAUCAGCCACCCGAUUCCCAGUUUCGUCCCUCACAACGUCCCGCGCGAGAAGGUCGUCUACUUGCCAGCCACCACCGACUGGCUUGACGGCUUAAACAAGCACCUCAACCACUGGGACUCUGGUUAUUACGGUAAUCUGUACAACAACGCCUGCCACUCGCAGCGCAUGACGGAGCUCAACUGGCCCGCCCGCAAAUACAUCAUCCAGGUGGCCCGCUUCGACCCAUCCAAGGGCAUCCCCACCGUUAUCGACUCGUAUGCGGAGUUCCGUCGCCGCUGCGACAAAGCCGGCAUCACUGACGUGCCGCAGCUCGUUGUGUGCGGCAAUGGUUCCGUCGAUGACCCCGACGCCUCCCUCAUCUACGAUCAGACCAUGGCCCAGCUUGAGACAUAUUACCCCGACCUGAUUCGGGACGUCAGCGUCAUGCGUCUGGAGCCCAACGACCAGGUCAUCAACACCUUGCUCUCCAAUGCCCACGUCGCGUUGCAGCUUUCCACCCGCGAAGGCUUCGAGGUCAAGGUUUCCGAGGCCUUGCACGCCGGCAGACCCGUCAUCGUCACCAACGUUGGCGGUAUCCCGUUACAGGUCAAGGACAAGGUCAAUGGUUUCCUUGUCGCCCCUGGUGACUGGCGUGCCGUGGCUGGUCAUCUGAUGGAGCUGUUCACCGAUGAUGAGCUCUGGAAGAGAAUGCACCAUGCGGCACGGACGGGCGUGUCUGAUGAGGUCGGCACUGUCGGUAACGCGCUUGCCUGGUUCUACUUGGCUGCCAAGUGGACCGAAGUUGGCGUAGAGACAAGUGGCAAGGGUGGAUUGAAGGGCAAUGAGCAGUGGGUGAACGACAUGGCGAGGACCGAGGCCGGAUACUUGUACACCCAAGAGGAAAACCGGUUGCCGAGACACUUUACGCAGAGAAAGCCGGAGUCCGAGUCGGGGUCCAAGGACUUGCCCAUUCACGAAAAGAAGGCAGAGGUUACUGCUUGA